UGAUGUCUUAUGGAUGUUUUACACGAGGGUAUUUUUGUAGUAAUCACCGAUGUUGUACUUACUCUAUUAAAUUGCAUCAGGGUAAAAUAUACAAGACAGCUGUCAGUGGUGUAGAAAAACAGUGUUUGUGUUCAGACUAAGGAUUACAAAUUACAGACUUAAUAAGACAUAUCAGUAUAAACCUAGUCAGACAAUGGAGUUUCAAGCAGUGGUACUUGCUGCAGGUCGAGGGUCAAGGAUGACGGACCUCACAUCUCAAGUGCCCAAGGCUCUACUGCCGAUAGGAAAUAUGCCCAUGUUAUGGUAUCCAAUAAAUGCUUUACAAAGAGCAGGAUUUGAAGAAGCUAUAGUGAUAGUUCUGGAUUCAUACUGUGCAGAAGCACAGAAGUUACUUGUGGAAAUCUGUGAUGUUAAGAUGAGACUGGAUUUUGUGAGCAUCCCUGAUCAGGACUAUAUGGGUACAGCUGACUCACUUAGAUAUAUCAAAGACAAAAUCAAGCGAGACAUUUUGUUGAUCAGUGGUGAUUUGAUAAUUGAUAUAAGCUUACAUCACAUUGCUAACAUCUUUAGAACCUAUGAUGCUACAGUGACCAUGCUGCUGUGUAGUGCACCAGAACAGACCUCAGAAAUACCUGUACCAGGACCCAAGUCCAAGAAAAGAUCUGAGCGAGAUUUCAUAGGUUUUGAUGAGAAGGGUAAUAGAGUUUUGUUCAUGACGUCGGAGGCAGAUCUCACAGAUAUGGAUGAUGAUAAAAUCAAAUUUAGAAAAUCUUUAUUUAAAAAGCAUCCGAAUGUAAACAUCAGAUCUAAUUUGACUGACUGCCAUCUUUACCUCAUAAAGAAAUGGGUGAUCAAUUACUUAGCAGAUAACAAACAGAUAUCCUCAGUGAAAGGGGAGCUAAUUCCACAUCUUGUAAAGAAACAGUUUUCAAGAAGAAAGAAGAAAGAUUUGCCUAACCCUAAUGAAUCUAUCAUUUCAGAAGAUGUUAAAUCAGAUAUAUUAAGCUAUAUACCAGAAAACAGUAUGUCUGGUGUCAUAGAAGAUAUGUCAACCUGGAUAGAUCAUACUGGAGACAUGGAAGAUUGUUUCCAUGGUGACAAGAUCCGUUGCUAUGCCUACACUGUCAUGGGUGGACUCUGUGUGCGUACAAAUACAGUGGCAACCUACUGUGAAACAAACAGACAAAUACAAAGAUACUUGAUGACUUUCACUAAAGAUAUGCCUAAUGUACAUCCAUCAGCUGUACUCAAAGGAAAACCACAGAUUGGUGCAGACUGUCUAGUCGGAGAAAGUGCUACUGUCGGGGAGAAGGUAUCAGUGAAACGGUCUGUGGUGGGCAGACAUUGUAAUGUAGCAGAUAAAGUGAAAAUAACUAAUUCUGUAUUGAUGGAUCAUGUUCAUAUUGCUGAAGGUUGUAGUAUACAAGGCUGUGUUAUUGGAGCAAAUGCCCACAUUGGUGAGAAAUGUGAACUCAAAGACUGCAUUGUUGGUAGUGGACAAAACAUAGGUGCUAAUUGCAAAUACACAAAUGAGGCUUUGGUGGCUGCUGAAGAGAUGCUUGAAUUUUAACUACUGAAGGACAGAAAAUAAUUCAUAUAUCACAUACAUUGCACAAAAAUUUGUCAUGGUGCAAAAUUUUUAAAGGGAGUUUAAAGUAAGCGAAACAACUUCCUUUUGAAACUGUUUAGUGUGCACAACCAAAUAUAAUUGUUCUUUUGACUGAAGUUGUUGGAGUAUGGUAAUAAAUGAUAACAACAAAAUG